CUACCAAGGUGGCCAUUUGUCGUAAGAUAUGUACUGGUUUGGUCGAUUGAUUUGCAGAGAAACAGAAAUGGCGUCUACGGUGGUGUACUUGGUGCUGAGGAAGCUUGGCGAACUUGCUUCCAGCGAGGUCGCCGGCCUCCUCAACGUGGGUGUAGAGAUCGCGUCGCUGACGGAAACACUGGCACUGAUUCAAUCCCGUCUCAGAGAUGCCGACCAGAAACCCAGAUCCGAGCAAAGCCACUCUUUGCAGGAGUGGAUGAGGCAGAUCCGGAACUUGGCGUUCGAGAUGGAGGACCUGGUGGACGAAUACGCGACGCGGCUAGGCCGCGCUUCAGCCGCCGGCGGCCGGAAGAGCUGUCUCCGACGCAUCGCCGCCUUCCCCUCCCGGAUCCUCACUCGCCAUCGGCUCGCGAGCCGCCUGCAGGACAUCCAUGCCAAAUUUCAAGAUUUAUGCAGACAAACGUCGCAACUUGGCAUCCAAGCUCCGUCCUCCUGGCCCACCUUCUCUUCAUCCUCUUACUCCUCUUCCUCUGCGGCUGACGCAAGGCUUGCUCGAAGAUGCGAACUAGAAGAAGACAUUGUCGGUUUUGAUGAAGAUAUGAAAGACAUCAAAAGGCAACUAUUUGACAUUAGUUCAACAGAUCGCGUUGUCCUUGCGGUUGUUGGUCCUGGGGGUUUGGGCAAAACAACGCUGGCUAAUAAGAUCUACAAGAGUGCAGAUGUCAAAAACUAUUUCCAGUGCAAGGCAUGGGUGUCCGUCUCACAGAACUAUGGGGUCAAAGAACUCUUGUGCAGCAUUGUGAAGCAAGUGUUCGACUUCAACGAUGAGCAAGUAAAAGGCAUGGAAGAACUAGGGAUGAAGGAAAAGUUGUCGGACCACUUGCGCGACAAGAGGUAUCUAGUCGUGAUGGAUGAUAUUUGGCAGGUGGCAGCUUGGAACGCCAUUAAAGCAGCUUUUCCAAAAGAAUUGACAGGAUCCAGAGUGUUGCUGACCACACGCAAGAUGAACGUUGCGAACGUUGCAGAUGUCCCUCCACACAAGCUGAAAUUUUGGAAUGUCGAAGAGAGCUGGAAUUUGUUCUGCAGGAAAGCUUUCCGCACAACAUCCUGCCCACCUGAGUUUGAGCGAUUCAAGGAAGAUAUCUUCAGAAAAUCUAAAGGGUUGCCUCUUGCCAUUGUGGUACUCGGAGGACUUUUGAGAGGUACAAGUCAAGCUAGUGACUGGAGGAAAAAGCUGGAUUAUAUUUCUCGUGAAUUCAGAGAAGGAGAAGACCAAAUCCAAAGUAUAUUAGCUCUCAGUUACCAUGAUCUUCCGCAUCAUUUGAAGCCUUGCUUCCUCUAUUUUGCAGCCUUUCCUGAGGACUAUAUCAUUGCUGCAGAGAGGAUAAUACAUUUAUGGAUCGCUGAGGGUUUCAUACAAACGAAUGACAAAGUGGAUCAAACAAUGGAGGACCUCGCGGAGGCAUAUUUGAAGGAUUUGACUGACAGAUCCAUGUUACAAACGGAAACAACGGAUUUGUAUGUACAGACAGUUCGCAUUCAUGAUCUUCUUCUUGAUCUAGCACGUCAUGAAGCUCGUGAGCUUAACUUCUACAGGUCCAUUAAUGACAGAGGUGACGAUCCAAGAGCUUUACGACGUCUCUGUGUCACUGAAAAUGUCAACGACCAUAUCUCAUCGAACUGUUCUACCACUAAACUACGGUCACUUGUAGUUUGUCCGAAUGAAGGUUUUCAGAGAACUCUGGCAGUUACCAUCUCCGGAGCGAAGUUCCUCAGGGUCUUGGAUUUGAUAGAACUACCCAUUGAACAGCUACCAAAGGGUCCAUUAAUGCAGUUACCAUCUCCAUCAAGCCUUCAAGCCUUCAACACCAGUGGGUCUCGCCAUGAGAGUUUUCUCUUAUCGGUCUUCUUUGAGUUGUUUCCAAAAUCUCUACAAAUCGCUAACAUAUCAUUUGAGCCUCCAAUCAUAGGCACUCUAUUGAGUCUCUCCAUUUGUAUGUGA